AAUGGUAAUCCUUAUUUGCUUCUAAACCUUAGUAUCAAUCAAAAAGUGUCCUAAUAUAAGACAACACAACACUCACCCCACCCCUGCCUCAAACAAACCAAAAACAACAACAAACUCAUCACUCUCUCUACUCCAAAGGUGUAACUUCUUACACUCACACGUGGUUUGGUUUGGUUACAUCAAUGGCCAUCAAAGACAAAGAUAAGAAACUCUUUGUUUUCUCAUUAACUAACUACAAUGCUGAACUCAAACUUCUCCUCACAACUCUUCUUCUUCUCUGUUCUCUUGCCACUCUCCUUCAAUUCAUUCCUUCUCCUUUCACUAUCUCAGCUUCUGAUCUCAGAUUCUGUAUCACAAGACUCUCUCAAACUCCACCACAACAACCCUCUUCUAUUCUUCAUGAAAAACUCAAUUCUGACCAAACUAUCAAGCGUUUCUUCAACCCUUUUGGCUCAUCUUCCUAUAACUUCAUCACAAUGGGUGCUUAUAGAGGAGGACUCAACACUUUUUCUAUUGUUGGUCUUUCUUCAAAGCCUCUUCAUCUUUAUGCCAAACCAACCUAUGAAUGUCAAUGGAUCCCUUCAACAAAAAACUUUUCUUCAAAACCAAUCACCACCAUUGGCUACAAGAUUCUCCCUGAUUGGGGAUAUGGACGUGUCUACACUGUUGUUGUUGUUAACUGCACUUUUAAUGAUACUGUCAUCAAUGGUGACAACAAUGGUGGAAAGUUGGUUCUUUUUGCUUCUACAUCAGGUGGUGGUGACAGAAACUUCAAUGUAACUGAUAAAAUGGAAGUUCUUGUUGAAAAAAAUGGUGAUUUGGAUCAUACCCUUUUUGUUUCAAAGCCAAAGUUUGAAUUUUUAUAUUGUGGGUCAUCUUUGUAUGGCAAUUUGAAUCCGCAAAGAGUGAGAGAGUGGAUAGCUUACCAUGUUAGAUUAUUUGGGGAAAAUUCUCAUUUUGUUAUACAUGAUGCUGGUGGUGUUCAUGAGAAGGUUUUGGAGGUUUUGAAGCCUUGGAUUGAACUUGGUUAUGUUACACUGCAAGAUAUUAGGGACCAAGAGAGAUUUGAUGGUUAUUAUCAUAAUCAGUUUUUGGUUGUGAAUGAUUGUUUGUUGAGAUAUAAGUUUAUGGCUAAGUGGAUGUUCUUUUUUGAUGUUGAUGAGUAUAUUUAUGUCCCUCCAAAGAGUACUAUUAAAACUGUGCUUCAUUCACUUUCUGAAUACUCUCAAUUCACCAUUGAACAGAUGCCUAUGAGUAGCAAGAUUUGUCUCUCUGAUGAUUAUGGAAAAACUUACAGAAAAUGGGGAUUUGAAAAGCUAGUGUAUAGAGAUGCAAUAAAAGGCAUAAGAAGAGAUAGAAAAUAUGCUGUUCAACCAAGAAACUUGUAUGCAACUGGGGUCCACAUGUCAGAGAACUUAGAUGGAAAAACAACUCACAAAACUGAAGGUAGAAUCAAAUAUUUUCAUUAUCAUGGAACCAUAGCACAAAGGAAAGAAACAUGCAAAUUGUUAGUGAACUCAACAAAUGUCAACUAUGAAAAAACUCCUUAUGUUUUGGAUACUACAUUGAGGGACAUUGCUGCUGUUAUCAAGAAAUUUGAGCUUAAGAUGAUUGGAUCAAGGUUGCAAAAUACUACACAAUGAAUCAUAUCUUCAAACUUCUUCUUUUUCAACUUAUUUCUUUUUUCUUUUCAUAGGAUAGAUAAUCAUUGAAAGAUUAUUUCUUUUCCUUUUCUCAAUGUGUAUUAUAGGGUUUAAGAUGGUUAUAUCCUCUUUUCUCAAUGUGUAUUAUUUCUUUUUCUGUUCUGUUUUUCAUUUUUCUUUUUUACUUUUUAUUAUAUGCUAGCACUGUAUUUUGUAAACAUAAUUAAUGAAAAUUAAUGAUUUAA